AUGACCAUGAAAGAUGCUUCACCACCUGCGGGAAGAAAGCUUUUGGGGUCCAGCAUCCGCGCAGCUGCGAAUCCAGAUCGGAGCAGCCCCGGGACCCCCGGCGAGGGGCUCGCGGGCCCGGCCGUCUGUGGAUCGGGAUGUUGGGUGAAGACGAAGCUGGAUCCUUCGCUCGAGGUCUCGGAGACCUCCGCCGCGGCAGAUUCGAUCCUUCCGGGCCAGGAGCGCAGCCGGGCCGGGACGUGCGGCGCUGACCCGGGCGCGGCGCGGGAGCACCUGGCGGUCCCGCGGCCCGUGAAGGGCGAACCCGAGCCCCUGCCGCAGCGGGGAGCGGAGAGGGGCGGGCGGGGCACACCGGGCACCGCCCUCGGACUCGGUGCUCUUCUCCGACCUCCCGGGUGCCCACCCGGCCGGGGUGACGGCGGGAGGGCCGGGAAGGCGGAGGAGGCGAGAGCGCAGAUUCUACCCGGGCACAGCUCGGGACCGCGGGCCCC